UGCUGGUCGUAAACAACGAGAUUAAAUUUAGUUUGAGAAAGAAACUCGAAGCAACCCGUCAAAUAAUGGAAUGAAUCUAAUAUAUUAUAAUAGUUAAAUGUGAAGCUUGGAGUGAUAAGAAUAUGAUAAUUGAAAUGGCUGGUGGUAAAAGUAAACCGAACAAAAAAGACGAACAUAUAGAGGAAACGGAUCGGCUCAAAUGCUGGAUUUGUCCAGCGAAAUUUUUCGACAGCACAGAGCAAUAUCAUCAACAUAUAGAGCGAAUACACCAGGGCUACCGAUUUCGUUGUGAGGAUUGUGAAAAUGAAACACUAUUCAAAGACAUCGACACCGCUCGCGAUCACGUGAACAGUUGCCACGAUAUUAAAACCCAUCCGUGUCCUAACUGCGACCAAUCCUUCAAUGAGUUUAAUUUAAGAAAGCACUUGCAGGAAGUCCACCAGAAGGUUCCACAGUACGAGUGUAGCUUAUGUAAGAGCAAACCGUUCGAAGACCGAUGUAGCUACGAGAAUCACGUAUAUAACAAACAUCAAGGAUUUCGAGUAAAGUGUCAUAUUUGCCAUAAAAUGUUAAGAAGUAAGCUGAAAACACACAUUGAAUACAUCCACUCAGAAGGAGUUCCAAGAUGUAACAUCUGCAACAAAGAGUAUAGCAACAAAUACAAAUUAAUGAGGCAUUUGAAGUGUCACACAGAUCCUAGGGAACCAGGUGCAUCGGUACGCUGCGAGCGAUGUAACGAGUCGUUUGAGAGCGUUAGCAAAUUAAAAUAUCAUAAGGCUAAACAUCAAACCAAGAUCUUUCAAUGCGACAAGUGUUCAAAAAUGUUUUAUCGUAACGAAGCUUUAGUUCAACAUCAGAAAACACAUGAAGAGAAAGAGUUAUUGUAAGUGCAGCAAACGCCAAUGCUAGUGAACAUAAACGUAAUCAUAGUCAUCAUACGACGAAAACAGAUUCUUUCUGAUAUUGUUUUUAAUACACAUUUCAUGCCUCUGAAAAGAUAAUGUCGGACGCAUCUUAUAGGAUAAGAGCAACGGAUAACAACGGUGAUAAAGCAAAGAAAAUAGAAGUCGAAGCCAAAUGCAUUAGAUUAACUUAUGGUGAC